GAGCUCCAAAGCUACCGGGCAGGCAGCCCAGGUGAGGUCAGCGUAGAAAUGGAUGCUGCACCAGGACUGGACCUCACGGGGAUCCUCAACGACAUGAGGGCGCAGUUUGAAGCCGCCGCGGAGCAGAAUCGGAAGGAUGCAGAAGCCUGGUACCUGGAAAAGAGCGGGGAGCUCAGGAAGGAGAUCAGCAGCAACACCGAGCAGCUGCAGUCCAGCAAGAGCGAGAUCAGCGACCUGAGGCGCGAGCUCCAAAACCUGGAGAUUGAGCUCCAGUCCCAGCUGGCCAUGAAGAAGUCCCUGGAGGAGUCCCUGGCCGAGACCCAGGGCGACUACUGCGGCCAGCUGUCCCAGGUGCAGCAGCUGGCGGGCGACCUGGAGGAGCAGCUGCAGCAGGUGCGCGCCGACGCGGAGCGCCAGAGCGCGGAGCACCAGCGGCUGCUCAACGUCAAGGCCCGCCUGGAGAUGGAGAUCGAGACCUACCGCCGCCUGCUCGAGGGGGAGGCCGAGGGUGCUGAAUUCGAUGAAAGCUUGCUUGUGUUGAGCAACAAGUCUCAAGCCGGAUCAAUUGAUUCCUCUAAAGAUCCACAUAAGACCCGAAAAAUCAAGACAAUCGUGCAGGAGGUGGUCAACGGUGAGGUAGUCUCAUCCCAAAUCCAGGAAACUGAAGAACAAAUAUAA